AUGGCAUUGGCAGCCGACUCUCCUUCUCCCUCUCCCGCUUCCUCUCCCAAGCCGAGGUCGCUUCUCGAGAAGCUGCACAGGGUUGCUUUUUUCAGCAGCGCCCUCUACGCCGUCUUCAUUGUCCUCCUUGCGACGCCUUUCUUCCAGAGACAUGCCAUAUACCAGCACGCGCUCAGAUACCCUUGGGGUGCCAAGUUUCACUUGCCUGAGAAAUAUGGCCUCGCACCCGGCAAGACCAUGAACUUCCAACUCACGACCCCCGACAACGUCACGCUCGGAUCGUGGUUCGUCCUCUCCGAACCCUUCUACCAGGCCCAUCGCAUGUCUUCCCCCGUCCCUGUCACUCAGCCAACCAUGGAGGUAGUACGGGACGCCAUCCGCGCAUACCCGACUAUCCUCUACUGUCAUGGCGCUUCUGCGACCCGUGCCGCACCCACACGCGUCCAGCACUACGCGUCCUUCACCUCCCGCCUCCGCGCGAACGUCUUGGUAUUCGAUUACCGCGGCUUCGGCGAGAGCGAGGGCGAGCCGUCCGACUGGGGGCUGAGGGAGGACGCGCGCACGGCAUGGCGCUGGCUGAUCGACCAGGGGGCGAGGCCCGAGGACGUCUUGAUCCUCGGACAUAGUCUGGGCACCGGCGUCGCGACGACUCUUGCGACUUGGCUCGCGCAACAGGACGUUAGGCCGCGCGGUGUCGUGCUCACCGCGCCCUUCACGAACGUCGCCACUCUCGUGCAGACGUAUGACAUUCAAGGCGUCCCUAUCUUGCAGCCCCUACAGACCUUCCCUCUUGGGCGAAAGCUUCUACAGCGGCUUGUGCAGCACGAGUUUGACACCCUGAGUACCAUCAAGGACAUUAACGUCCCGGUACUACUCGCACACAGCCAGGACGACAUGGAGAUCCCGGUGCACCACUCGCGCACGCUGCUGGACAAGCUCCUUGACCCGCACCUGCCUAUGGCGCUCUCGCUCCCGCCGAAUCCGGACGUGACGUACACGAAGGAGGAGUACACGGAGUUCCUCGAGAACCAGAAGCUGCGCAACGCGAGGCGCAGCGAGCUCGUGCGCAGGGUGGAGAUCCCGAGCUUCGGGACGGUCGAGGAGUUCGACGGGACGGCGGGUAAGGUCGUCUACGUCGAGACGUUCUGGGGCGCGCACAACAUGGUUGGUCUGCAGGAGGGCGUGCAGGACGUUAUUGCGAGCACAUUCCGCCUUGGGUCUCAUCUAUAGAGGGUGAUCGUGUAGAACUACGGUGACAGUCUGUCCAAAUUCCUUGCUUAGAAUGUAGGCUAUGCUAUAGUCAUGUAGUGCUAGAUCUGCGCGUAUACUAAUUUGCAAGAUUCAGGUUCCCG